GUCCACAAAUGCCCAGAAAUUAAUUGAGAAUUCUUUCAGGGCCAAACAAAGGAUAGACAUAAUUUCGCAUGUUAUUCGACAUAGUUUGGGUGGAUGAGGUAUUGUAAAUGUAAAUAAAGUCCACUCGAUGAAAGCAACAUUAAAAUAAAAUCUAUGAAAUGCUCGAGAAAAGAAGCAAAAAAGAGAAGAAGAGAAGAGAGCAAAAAAGAUGUGGUCUUGCCCAAAACACGCGACGCCGUUUAACAAGGCUCUUGUAGUUAUUCCCUCCGUCUCAGCCACCACAUGGCGACAGCGCCACGGCGUCUCCGCCAACGCUAAGCAACAAGGUGAGAAAUUGGGUUACACCCUUUUGGCCACUCUCGAAUCCAAUUCGACUCCAAUUCCGAAAGCAGCGCAAGAAGAAGGCGAGAUUAGUGGGUCUGAUGUACUUUGGGCACUGCAGAGAGCAAGUGCUCGUAAGAACAAGAAGAAGAAUAAGAAGGAGCAUCGGAGAGAUUCAUCCUCUGUGGUCACUCCCACCGAAGAAACUGCUGUGAACUACACCAAUGUUCGCCCACUCCGCAUAAACGCAAAUUGGGGUUCUAAAUUGGAUGAGUUCGACAAACGCCUUCGUGAGCUUUCAAAUACCAUUUGAUUAAUCACCCCUUGUUAUUUUACACAUCUACACAUUUUUAUUUUAUUUUAUUUUCCUUUGAUAAUAAUUUAAUAUACAAGUUUUUUACUUUGUAUCCCUUGAUUGUUAAAUUGGGAAUGCGCACUUUGCUUGAAACUUCGGUUUCAAUAUUAUACUAAAUGGAUGGAGUUGCUAUGCAUUAGCAACUUGCAAGUUUUUUUUA